UUCAGUUCGGAAACGCGCACGCGCCUGAACGGUCGUUCCUAGCAGACGACGUCGUUUGCAGACACACCAAGCAUGUUUUCCUUGGGCCACUGCAGGACGCCGGGAAACUCGAGCGGAAGCAGUUGUCAGUUGCUUACAAGGAAGAAGAGACGCGGGAUUAUUGAGAAACGUCGUCGUGAUCGGAUUAACACUUCCCUGACGGAACUUCGCAGGCUGGUGCCCAGUGCCUUGGAGAAACAGGGUUCUGCAAAGUUAGAGAAAGCAGAAAUCCUCCAGAUGACGGUGGAUCACCUGAAGAUGCUCCACGCUAAAGGUGUGGACGCAUUCACUUUCGACCCCCACAAAUUCGCCAUGGACUACCACAACAUGGGGUUCCGUGAGUGUGCGAGCGAAGUGGCGCGGUACCUGGUCGCCAUCGAGGGCAUCGACCUCCAAGAUCCCCUUCGCCUCCGCCUCAUGAGCCACCUUCAGUGCUACUCGACCCAGAGAGAAAUCGCCGCCAAGAGCGCCAACAGUUCCUGGACUGCAGCGUCUCCCGGAGUUCCGACGCCGCAAUACCCGCCGCCUCUUCCCGUGCCCUCGCCUCAACACCCAGCGACGUCCGCAUCAAGUUCCCCAGCCGACUCCUACACGUCUUCGGGCCUCGAGUCCAGUCCCGGUUCCUUCAGGCAGCCGUUCCCGUCAUCGAGGUCUUCGCAUCAGCAUUCUAUGAGUCUGAGUCCUCCUUCGGGACUAACACUCGGGGCUGCGCACGUUGGCAGCAAUCAGUACUUCCCCAACCACGGGUUUGUUCCGCCGACGUCUUCGACCUCCAUGCCGGGAGCUUACGGUACAGAACUUUCGCAACAGACUGGUGUAAAACCGUACAGACCGUGGGGAACGGAACUGGCGUAUUGAUCUUGUGUUCGACGUGUGAAGAGAUGUGCGAAUUCUAGUCAUCCUUGGAUUUCUUAUGGGGUGCUACAGUCGGAUAUUGCAUCACCAGCCGCGUUACUGUGAACUUCGAUCAGAGCUGGACAAGUUUGGUGUCGCUGACAAUACGACCUAUGUGUUUUCGUGACUGUUUUGAGAGAGUACUUCGCUUUCUGUGCGUUGCUUCGAUUUCUUUUUGUCAUGCGCAUCUUUCUAACAUCUUAUAACGUUUCUUGUUCCGGUUACCCGUGACAAACAAAAAGAGGUAUUGGCAGUGGCGUGGGCAGGUGAAAGCGGGAGAGGACGAUGACAGCGACGGGAUUAAAUCACUGCCUUGUCUUAGCGCAUAACGAAACUCACGCACUUUUUUGCCAUCAUAUACCCAAUCGUAAGCAGGCAAAAGGGCAGUCCGCUAGCUGGUGUAGUUUAUUAUAGCUAUAUUCGGGGUCUCGAAAAGAACCCAAACAGACCGAAAGCGAGUGGUACAGUGGUCGCAUUUCUGUCGUUGUUUAUUCCUGACCACUGUAACUAGCAGGCUCUUCUGUGCAUCUGAACUGCCUUUCCCCUAUGCAGACCUGUCUCUGAGAGUUUGCAUGGUCGUUACACAACAUGCGUGGUUCGUGAACAAAAAUCCUCGCCGAAUGACCCCCGUUAAAAAGUGUAGCGCGAAACAAGCCCAAGGUUGUCUCUCCAAAGCUAAUAUAUAUCUUACUCUCACGUACUAGUCUUAAAAAUUGCAGGGAUGUAUUUAUACUCGCGAUGGUGUUGUACCCAGUCGACGGCGGCUAGAGGGAGAUCGUGUAAAUAAGAUGUUGCAGAAAUAAUAUAUCGUGCCAGCCAUUACAAACACUAUUUCGGAAGCAGGCAUCUUGUUCAAAUAAUAUAUUUUGUGGGGAAAUUUCUGUAUUAUGUAGCCUUUACAGGCAUCUAGUCAGGAACCUUCCGGACUAAAUUACUUUGUACGUGGUAUUUUACAAAUCGUUAAUAUAACUGCCAAAGCCGAGCUAUGCAAAGUAUGUAUGAUGAAUAUUUCAUCUUACUCUUCGGUGACAUUGGGGUGCCGCACACUUUCUUUUCUCAAACAAAGUGCUUUCAACGAAUAGGGUGUUUGAGAUAUCACGUGAUUUCAUUUUUAGUGCCCUCCAUAAGGCCUUAAGGGGAAACUCAACUCUCAUGGUCUGCUAAUGCAGAACUUAUUUCAAACGUAGUAUCUGCGUAGUUCGGUCGUUAAAGGGACAGUUCGCUCACUAAGGUAAUUAAAAGAAAUGCAUGCAGCAGGAGCAUUUCACUACGAACAACUCUCCAGUAAGACCUUUCGCUCAAAGUCGUAUUUCCAAAGCUACCUGUAUUUUGCCGCGAGGGCUUGCAGCGCAGGCAGAUCUGCAGGGAGGAGCGAACUAGAGAUCGUCUCCUUCAGCUCGCGUGACGUCACAGUGUUGUCAUAUAACUCCGCGCAUAUGUCUCUGCACGGGAACUUCAAAUCGCGUGGAUUUCAGUGCUCGGCGAAGCGGAUGCUAAUUUGUACCGCAUGCAACUUCAUGUGGAGUAACGCAGAAAAUGGUCAAACUAGGAAACGAAGUAUUAGUUCCAACAAAAAUGUAAGAUCUGAUUCGUAAAAGGUGAACUGUCCCUUUAAGUAUAAGAGGACGGCUAAACGAUGCACCGGCGUUAUAACAAUCAGUCAUGCCUUAUCAGAGUCUGUGGACACUCCGAGACGCUUUGAGAAAACGAUGUUUUUAACUUUGCACAGUACUGCGUUCAGCCAGUGUGCAAGUGUACAGCAAAUGCUGAGGACUUCGUAGAUACUUGUUGUAGGAUGCUCCGUACUGCACGAAAAAUGCAACUUGAGGUGCCCAUAUCAAUGAUGUUGACCAACCGAAUAUGUAUGUGACGACAAUCGACUGUGAUUCCACAAUGUGAAUAUUUUCAGACGUUUCCAGAGUCCAUGUCG